UUCGUCUUUUAAAAAACCUUCUUGCUAUCUGUUGUUUGAUCUCACGGAUGGCUUUACCCGGUGCCAAUAGAAUUGAUUUUGAUCCAUUGGACUGGAAUACUUACAGAAUGUUUUUUUAAAAAAAAGUUUCUUCCUAAAAUAACCAUGAUAUUCAGAAGUUGUAACACAAACUUACCUCCUUGAGCUUUAUCCCAAACAAGCUUUAACGAGCCUGGGGAUGGCCGAAUGGGUUAAGUCAGAUGACUCUGUGCGCGCAAUAAGAAGAUUUAAAAUAAAAGACCUUCUCUAACUAUCUCUCAGAUACCAAUCGUCUUCUUCUUCCAGAAUGCCUUUCCUCCUCUCUCUCACGAUUUCUAAUUUCCCCUCCAUUUUGUAUUAGCUUCUUUAAUUUUGUUCCCUCGCAUAGAAAUUCACUCGUUUCGCUUCUCUUGGUUGUUCUUCUUCGUAUUUCUCAGCGGAUUGGAUUUUAUUUUUCUUCCUCUGUUUAGUUGUGAUUAUGAUACAAACGAUGAUAGUAAUUCAAAUUCAAACUGUUUGAGGUCGCUUAGGUUUUUUUUUUUUUUUUUUUUUUUUUACGUUAAGCUGAUUGCAGAAGAUGCUUCCAUGGGCUGGAAUUAGUUGCUGCUUGAGUGCUGCUGUGUUCUAUUUGCUGGGCAGGAGCAGUGGCAGGGAUGCAGAGGUUCUUAAGUCGGUAACUAGAGUCAAUCAGCUGAAGGAAUUAGUAAAAUUACUUGAUAUUGAAAGCAAGGUUUUACCUCUGGUUGUUGCUAUCUCCAGAUGAGUUGGCUCAGAGACUCCAAUCAAUUGCCAGCAUAGUGGCUUGAGAGGUGUUAUGGUAGAGGAGAUGGCUGAACAACACUUCCUCAAAUACAAUGAUGCUGGAUCUUGGAUUCAAGAUUCAGCCUUAAUGUUAUCAGUGAGUAAGGAGGUCCCAUGGUACCUGGAUGACGGGACUGAUCAAGUAUAUGUUGUAGGGGUUAGAGGUGCCUCAGCUUUUGUGUUAACUGUUGGAGGUGAAGUUUUUGAAGAGUCAGGAAGAUCACUUGUAUGUGGAACAUUAGACUAUCUCCAAGGCCUCAAGAUUCUUGGUGUGAAGCAUAUUGAAAGGGUACUUCCAACUGGUACUUCAUUGACCGUGGUUGGUGAGGCUGUCAAAGAUGAUAUUGGAACAAUUCAGGUCCAGCAUCCCCAUAAACGGCCAUUUUAUGUAUCUCCUAGGACUAUUGAUGAACUCAUUAUGAAUUUGGGAAAGUGGGCGAGCAUGCUAUGCAGUAUAUCAUGGAAGGAAGGCGCCUUCGGGAAUUGCAGAGCAGUGGAAAAGAAUACCGAGAAAGAACCCAAGGGAUCGAGUCAAGAGAGCUGUAUUUCAGUGGAAAAGAAUAAGCUUGAGUUCUUCGCUGGCACAGUUUGGAUUAAGAGAGUUGUAUAGGGGAUCAGCUCCCAUAUAUGUAUUGUUUGACAUUAUCGGGCUACAGGAGAAGACCUUUUUCAGAAUAACCUGUCCCUUUCCUCGCAGCAUGCUCUUCGCAUCUAACAAACUGUCCUUUAUGCCGGAGACGGAUAGAGCAGGUAGUGAAGACUUUCCGCCAUUGAAGAUAUGUUUCCAAGAUUUAGCAAGUAUCUGAGGUUAGUUGGUUCUCGCAGCACUUUGAAACUGACAACGACGUCUUGAUAUGGUCAGACGAGAGAGUAGCAGCAGCCUUCCAGUUCCAGGGAUAUGGGAAUUGAGAAUGAAGUCACGACUCCCGAAGGGAAAGGCUUUUUCACUAUAGUUAAAAUCAAGCGACCAAUCGUUUAAAGGUCUAGGUGAUCGAGGUCAGCUAUUUUCCUGCAUCCAGCAGCCACAAUAGUCAUCGGUGUACUGCUACAGGAGGAGACAUUUUUUUGAAUAACCUGUCCCUUUUCUCUCAGGUUAUGAAAAGAUUACUUAAUUGUAUUAUUAUUCUCUAAAUUUGUAAUUUAGGACUCCGCAUGUGCUAGUAGUAGCAUUAAGCCUGUCAGGGACUGUAUGAAUUCAAGUUUUCGUAUUAAUAAAUGAAAAGAAAAAAAAAUUUAUGAGUUUUAAA